AGUGAUGUCAAAUAUCGUCUGUCAAGAAUCAAGAUUAUUGAUAUUUUGCUAGCGAUGGUAAUCAAGAAGUGAAAAAUUUUGCUUUAGAGUUCUAAUUGCACAAGAAACGAAAACUUAAGUAUUUGCCCAAGCUUUCCCAGUGAACAUUUUGCAUAUUAGUUGGAGUAAAAAUGUAUGCAAAAAAUAUCUUAGUCGUAUGCUUUUUAAUUUACCUCGGCUCUGCAUCUGGUUCGUAUGAUGAUAAGAGAUGCAAAUGUGUGUGCCCUCGUCCAGCUGCAGUAUUAAAUAAUACUGUAGAUUCAGAUCGUACACUUUACAUUGGUAAUGUGCCACCAAAUAAAUGCAACUGUGAUGGUAUCAUUCUUCCAAAAGUCGGCGAAUUGAUCAAAGGUAGAGAACAAGAAUUUUGCCCUCGGUGUGAAUGUAUCUAUGAGAACAGAAACACAACAAUAAUUCAGGUUGUUGUAAUAAUAGUUGUGUGGGUCAUCAUGCUACUUGUGGCAUAUAUGGGAUUUCUGAUCUGCCUCGACCCACUGAUCAACAAGAGAGCGAAAGCAUCAUACCAAGAACAUACCAAUGAAGAUGAUGAGAGUGCUAUCAGUGGACCAUCCCAACAAUCAGGACCACGCGGUAAUGUUCUCAACCGAGUUACUCACCAGCAAGACAAGUGGAAACGCCAAGUGCGUGAGCAACGACGCAACAUAUAUGAUAGACAUACUAUGUUGAACUAGGGCACGGUUGUCUAAUCUAAAUUUUAAUCUAUACCAUAUAACAAACAUUACGCAUGAACUUCACUGAAGUAUAUAAUAAGAAUUCAUAAGUAAAAAUUAUCUGCAUGCAUAUGUUAACAUGUUAAUGUUUCAUACUUAUCAUUUGAUCACCUGAUCUCAAAAAAAUUGCAGAUAGGCAGCUCAAUUCUAUAACACAAUCUAUGUUGUACCGCAAUGUCAAAUCCAGUCAGAAAAAUGUAUACCAAUCCAAUGAAAUAUUAUUGUAUUUUGUUAUUUGUAUAUAAAGCUUUAUCUAACAGUGUCUCAAUUUAUAUAAUUGUUAAUCGAUAUUAAUAAACA